CUCACUGCAGUUUUUAAAUACUCCCUGCUCUUUGCAGCUCUAAAGUGCUUCAGGCUAAGCACCUCAGAGGACAAGCCCACAGCCACUGAGGCUGUGCAGGCCAGAAUGUGUGAUUGGACACAUUGUAAUUACGUUGAGUCUCCAGAAGACAAGCCUUCCGGGUUAAGAGUCACAGCUGUACCUCUGGCGUCAGACCGUGAGGACACGGCUUUUAAGUCUUCCGAACUCGGGUCUGAUUGAAAGAUUCCUGGCAUGGAGUCUCGCCAGUGCUGCUGCCACAUUUUCACCAGGUUGCUGUGUCUAGGAGCUAAUGAAGACCAGGAACAACAGCAUGGUCAGUAAAAUGGUUCUGACUCUACUUGAGGGAAGUCCGGGAAGCAAAUUUGGUGGAAAGGCCAGUGGCCAGGCACUUGGAUUACCCGGCUCUGCCUGUGGGCCCUCUCCAGGCUUUCCAAUGAUCCAUGGGCCACGAUGCUCAGAUCUUUAUCUUUGUGUUUUUCUCUCUUGCAGGUGAGAAUGAAAUAGUCCCGAAGGCUGAAGAGGAAGGAGGAAAGAAAGGGCUUGUACAGAGCGAGCUUGCUCAGGGUGAGCUUGAUCAGGGCGAACUUGCUCUGGGCGAACUUGCCCCAAGCAAGCCUGCUCAAGAAGAGCUUGCUCAGUCCGGUCUUCCUCAGGAAGCCACAGGAGUGGUAGAGGAGGUAGAAAAAGAAGAAGAAGAAAUGGAAGGAGGUCAUGCUGGAGAUGGUAGUUCUGGCCCCAUGGACAAGGGGAUCCAGGCAGAAGGUGGCCAUGGCGGAAGUGUUCAACAGCAGCCUCAGCAAGAGGCGGCAAUGCCUGAGGGCACCAAGAAUCUCCAGGCUUGGGACAGGCAGCCUUUCCAGAGACGCACCAGAUUCACCCAGUCUCAGCUGCAGGACCUGGAGCGUCUUUUCGAAGAGACUCGCUUCCCCAGCUUUCAAGUAAGGUAAGCAGAAGGCCUGUUAGGCGCCUGGUUUUCUAGCAGUGCAUCCAGGCUGUCCUUUGGUGCUCCCUGACCCCUGAUUUCCUCUACAAACAAAGCCACCAUGUCUGGACCCUCCAGCAGAAAAUGGAUUCUGGAGUAAGCAGAUG